UGCUUCACUGCCCAAAUGGCCACGCUGGGCCGAGCUGAAUCCAGCGGAGAAUUCGUUCCCUCGGGAAUGGCUUUUGUGAGCAAAUCAGUGAUGAAAGAGGAACUUGUGCAGAGUUCCUCCCUGACCCCACGGAGCGCGCGGGUGACUUCUAUAAACCUCGGGGAAGAGCUUCGCAAUCUAGUAACUGAGAUCUCUGCCAGAGAUCCAGACACACAGGAUACUGACAGAGAAAGCAUUUGUGUCGGAAAUGGUUUUGGACAAAUGACUGGGAAAGUCUUUAAAAAUACCCAGAGCAGUGGACGCCCGGAGUUCUGAGCAGUGUGACCUCAGCCCCCACGUCUGGCCACCUGCAGUCCAGAGCUUUGUCCUUCCGUCCUGCUGACUCUGAGCAGAGACCUCGCUACUUGCUAUACACUGGGUGAGGCUAGCGAAGUUGAUCAGAUUCCAUCGAACCAACGGAAGGUCACGGGAGAAGGCAUCGUCUCUGUGUCGCUUCAGUCAAUCCUAUUUGAAAUCAAGCCUUCUUGGACGUAAAGAUAAACUGACCUAUCUCAGUGCUUCAGGUGAAGUGCAGCUUUAAAGAGGCUCCCAAGACUGUUCUUUUUGAAAGUUGAAGUUCAGACAUGGAACAAGGGAAUUCUGGAGAAAGAUAACUGAUAUCAAGGAAACCAAGCCCUGGUGAGACAGGAGGUAACGGUGAGCAUUCAUGCGGGCAAAUAUUCUACAACGCGGGCCAGAUAUUCCGAGGUGAUCACGGAGAACAAUUGUAAAGUUGCCAUUAGCAGCUUUUUAAAAGUUCUCUUCCAUUAACUCCUGUUUUAACUCCGUAGGGAUGUUCUUUCUGCUCUGCUUGGUAUCCUACACAGUGCAAAUGUUUUGUUUUGCUGCCCGGUUGAAUGCCUGCUUUUCAAAAUGGGAGUCCGAUUAUCUGGGGAUUCUGGCAAUGUAGUUUCCUUGAAAGCAGAGACUCCUGCUCUGUGGCCUUGAAGGUGGUAGCCACAGUCACAAGCAAUUGGAACAGACGUCAGCAGUAAGUCAUCAGCAGCCCAUCUGAUGUAACUCAGACGUGCAGAUAAGGACAAACUAGCUUUUGUUUUUUGUUUUGUUUUUUGGUUAUCACCAAACACUUGACUCCUAAAAUACAAAAUGACAGCACAACUAUCGCAUCUAAAGAUAUACGUUCAUGAGUGGAUUAAUAGUUAAGGUUUCUGUGUGUUUGGAAGAUGGACAAAUGCACACACAGGAGGGGUGAAGCAGGCAGAGCUGGAGAAUUCAGGCCUCUGAAAUCUCCCAUUUCCUGCCUCAUCGCUUUCCUGCCCCUCCACUGCCACUCUGCUCCGGUCUUCCUGCCCAGUUGAGAACUAUCUUCCCCUUCCUUGAGCCCAGACAACAGAGCAUGAGAGCAUGUUAUUAUAGCAGGAUGCACCAACAUACUCUCACGGCACAUUCGCAGGUGAUGAAGCAGUUUCUCACUUUUGUAAGUGUGAGCACCGAAGCUCAGAGUGAGGGCAUCCACUGAUUAAAGGAAGCUGAUGGGAUGUUCUCCUUCUUCUGGGAUCCUCGGCAGAGAGAGCUUCUUAGAGACACCAUCUUUACUGAGUACUAAGGAGAGGGACCAGACUGAACGAGGCACCAAGCCAAGGCCAUGUGCAGGGGAGGCUACAUUCCACUACACAUUCUCACAGUAUUAGCAGGAUCAAUCUUAAAUUCAAGAAAAUCACUAGAAAAAACUGAUGACAGUUAACUGACAUAGUCAAUAGGUAUGUGUUUAUUAACUUACUGACGUCUGGUGUUUAAGGAAACCAAGCUGAGCCAUUGAUCAUGAAUUGGGGAAACGAUAGCGCCCCCCAGGAGUUCGUUCUGUUGGGUUUCUCAGAUCGGCCGUGGCUGGAGUUCCCGCUCUUUGUGGUCUUCCUGGUCUCCUACAUCUUGACCAUCUUUGGCAACGUGGCCAUCAUUCUGGUCUCCCGCCUGGACUCCAAACUCCACACCCCCAUGUACUUCUUCCUCACCAACCUGUCACUCCUGGACCUCUGCUACACCACAAGCACAGUCCCGCAGAUGCUGGUAAACAUAUGCAGCACCAGGAAGGUCAUUAGUUACGGCGGCUGCGUGGCCCAGCUCUUCAUUUUCCUGGCCUUGGGCUCCACGGAAUGCCUGCUGCUGGGCGUGAUGUCCUUCGACAGGUUUGUGGCCAUUUGCCGGCCUCUCCAUUACUCAGUCAUCAUGCACCAGAGGCUCUGCCUGCAGCUGGCAGCUGCAUCCUGGGUUAGUGGCUUCAGCAACUCCGUGUUGCAGUCCACCUGGACCCUUCAGAUGCCCCUGUGCGGCCACAAGGAAGUGGACCACUUCUUUUGUGAAGUCCCCGCGCUGCUCAAGCUGUCCUGUGUUGACACGACAGCAAACGAGGCGGAGCUGUUCUUCAUCAGUGUGCUCUUCCUUUUGAUACCUGUGACGCUCAUCCUUAUAUCGUACGCUUUUAUCGUCCAAGCGGUGUUGAGAAUGAAGUCGGCUGAAGGUCAGCGAAAGGCAUUUGGGACCUGUGGCUCCCACCUCAUUGUGGUGACACUGUUUUACGGGACAGCCAUCUACAUGUAUCUGCAGCCACCAUCCCCGGCCUCCAAGGACCGGGGCAAGAUGGUUUCUCUUUUCUAUGGAAUCAUCACACCCAUGCUGAACCCCCUCAUCUACACUCUUAGGAACAAGGAGGUAAAGGGGGCUUUUAAGAGGUUGAUUGCAAGGGUCUUAUUACAAAAAUGAAACACGCAAGUGGUAGACCAUGUUAAAGACUUGAUCCUUGUGUAGCUUAAUAAGUUAAUUUCCUCUAAAUUAUUUUAUUCUGAGUGCCAUUAGAAAGAUUACUGUGAACUUCUUCAAAUAAAGUGUCACUCACAGAGAA